AUGUCCCGAGUGUACGCCACCGUUCUGAGUCGUCACCACCACCUGAUUAGGAAAAGCGAUGGUGUUUACGAUUCCCUGGAGUACGAGUAUCACCCGAAAAUGUACACAUCACACUUCAGAACCAGCGUGAGUCUGCCUUUCCCCUCUGCCACCACCAGUUCAGCCGGUUCACCUGUUCCUGCUGCUCAGCUAAGAGUUGUGACCCCAUUGGCCCAGCCACCUUGCUCUACCUCUGAAGCCCGAGCUGAUUGGCUCACCUGCCCCUGGUUAAGCCCUCGUGGGGGAAGGGCAGGGUCAUGUGGAGCCAGCAUGUUCUCAUGUUACAAAACACAGGCAAUAGUGGCUUACAGUCUGUCAGUGGGUGACCUCCCUGUACAAGCAGAGAAGUCAAAAAUGCUUAUGUAGUUUGUUGGUUUUGGAACUGGGUUUAUGGAUGUCUUGUCAAUAUGUUUUGCAGAAAUGCCAAAGACUAGUUGUCAGUGGUAGUAUAAUUGAUUUAAGUGGUAAUGGCAGUAGUAACAGCAGCAGCAAUAGUGAUAUCAGUGGGAGUGUUGGAGAAGUAGUGGAAGCAAUUGCAUCACUAAUUCAACAACUUGUUAGACUCACUAGUUUUUGACGCAUCCUGGUCUUUGUCCUCUCGACCUCAGGUUGCGCCUUACACCACUUGCCUAAUCAACGGCAUCUACUGGGACCCUCAGACGCCACGGCUCCUGAGGCGGCUGGAUGCCCAGAGGCUCCUGAGGCACGUCAAGCCCUCAGCCGCUGCUACCGAGGGAUGGCCAGAGCUACCCCACAAGUAAGCCCUAACCCCCCCCCUUCUGCAUCAGAAAAAGCUUCUAUUAGUUUGUGUAUUUGUUCUAACGUGAGACUCAAUUCUUACGUAAUCAGCUGAGGAAUUGGAUUUGCGAUAAGAACUGGUACUAUCGCAGUCAGAAGCCUGCCAUAGGUGAUUGCGGUCAAAUGUCAAGGCUUAUCUUCAAUUAUGUUAAUGUUCUACGGGAACAAAACCCAAGUGUGGAGUGCAGUCACCGUGACCCGACUGGCUGAUAAACACUCUUAUAUGGACUUUUCUUAUUCAUUCUCUCUCUCUCUCUCUCUCUCUCUCUCUCUCUCUCUCUCUCUCUCUCUCUCUCUCUCUCUCUCUCUCUCUCUCUCUCUCUCUCUCUCUCUCUCUCUCUCUCUCUCUCUCUCUCUCUCUCUCUCUCUCUCUCAUUGAAUCCACAGAGUAUUUUGGUUUGAGAGAUGGUAAGACGAGGUGCUGGGGUAAGGUACGCUGAGCCAUCAGCAUGUUUUGGUUUUUGAGGUUUAGUUUGCUUGGGGAGAGGGUUGUGUGGAAUGUAGCCAUACAAGCACAAAACAAAAGCUCAGGUUAUGUUUGUCCGUUCAGGCUUACCGUACUGUAGAUGCCACUGCUUGCCAGUGAUGGCCGCUUUGCCAGCGAUGGCCACUUGGAAUGGUAAUUCUGUUCUUUGCUGAAUUAAUAUGUGCUUCCCGGUUCUGUCUUACUCAGCUGCUCUCGGAUGCCACCAGGCCCGUUGAAGAAGAGGACUUCUCACCUCAAGUCAGAGAUGUGAGUACCACAUGAACAAAUCCCUAUUACUCAAUCAUUUUUGCAUCAUAAAAUACUAUGGACUUGAAACCUAGACAUAGCUUGACAUCUUAAGCAAAGGGUGGUAUAGGGUGGCAGGUAGCCUAGCGGUUAGAGUGUUGGGCCAGUAACCGAAAGGUUGCUGGUUCGAAUACCCGAGCUGACAAGGUGAAAAUCUGUCUGUGCCAUUGAGCAAGACAUUUAACCCUAAUUUCCUCCAGGGGCGCCAUACUAUUAUGGCUGACCCUGUAAAACAACAGAUUUCACUGGACCUAUCUGGUGUGUGACAAUAAAACAUAAAAUAACUAGUUAUUACAUUAUUUGCUAUAUGUGAUAAUAGCUAACCAAGGUCUAGUUGGUGGCUGCAUUGUGUGUUUUUUGCUCUAAAGUAUGUUGGUUUCAGGAGGCCACAUUGAAGUUCAUAAUCUGUAUACAGAUGGACCCAAAAAAAUCUUUUGACUUUUGGACUAAAGUUGUCAUGCGAUAUUGUCCUGUUUAAGCCAUUGUGCUGUAGUAGAACCAUAGAAAGUGUCCGUUUCCGAAUACCCGUACUUGUGUUCUAAAUGGUAGGCAUUUUGUGUAUGCGAACAUUUUUAGUUUUAUGAAAUGUAGAAAGUUGAGUGCUUUACAUGCCAGGAUGUCAUACUCAUUUCGGCUUUUCAUCUAGUACAAUUCGCUGCACACUAUUUAGGAAGACAAGACCUACGUGUGUUUGACAACAGCUGAUAAUCAGCUGAUGGGAUGCGCUGGACCAAAAUGAACAAAAUGCGGUAAUCAACGCAAUUGCACAUUCUCAGUAUGAUGAGCCUGGUGUGCUGAGAUUUGAUUACGGCAUUCAUUUUUACUAAACGGUGUGUUCUAAAUACUAUGUAGUACGAUUAGUAGCCAGAAUGCAGUUUAAGUAAGUAGUAGGCAAGCCAGAUUUCAGACACGGCCAGUGACUUGUUUUGUCAGACUUUUGUUUUUGUCAGUUAUGGCAGAUUUAUUUAUUUAUUUAUUUAUUUAUUUAUUUAUUUAUUUAUUUAUUUAUUUAUUUAUUUAUUUAUUUAUAUAUAUAUAUAUAUAUAUAUAUAUAUAUAUAUAUAUAUAUAUAUAGUAACAGUCAAAAGUCUGGACACACCUACUCAUUCAAGGGUUUUUCUUUAUUUUUACUAUUUUUUACAUUGUAGAAUAAUAUUGAAGACAUCAAAACUAUGAAAUAACACAUAUGGAAUCAUGUAGUAACCAAAAAAGUAUUAAACAAAUCAAAAUAUAUUUUAUAUUUGAGGUUCUUCAAAUAGCCACCAUUUGCCUUGAUGACAGCUUUGCACACUCUUGGCAUUCUCUCAACCAGCUUCAUGAGGUAGUCACCUGGAAUGCAUUUCAAUAAACAGGUGUGCCUUCUUAAAAGUUAAUUUGUGGAAGACCAAGUCCAUAUUAUGGCAAGAACAGCUCAAAUAAGCAAAGAGAAACGAUAGUCCAUCAUUACUUUAAGACAUGAAGGUCAGUCAAUCCAAAAAAUGUCAAAAACUUUGAAAGUUUCUUCAAGUGCAGUCGCAAAAACCAUCAAGCGCUAUGAUGAAACUGGCUCUCAUGAGGACCGCCACAGGAAUGGAAGACCCAGAGUUACCUCUGCUGCAGAGGAUAAGUUCAUUGCCAGCCUCAGAAAUUGCAGCCCAAAUAAAUGCUUCAGAGUUAAGUAACAGAUACAUCUCAACAUCAACUGUUCAGAGGAGACUGUGUGGAUCAGGUCGUCAUGGUCGAUUUGCUGCAAAGAAACCACUACUAAAGGACACUAACAACAAGAAGAGACUUGCUUGGGCCAAGAAACAUGAGCAAUGGACAUUAGACAAAUUGGAGAUUUUUAGUUCCAACCGCCGUGGCUUUGUGAGACACGGUAUGGGUGAACGGAUGAUCUCUGCAUGUGUAUUUCCCACCGUGAGGCAUGGAGGAGGUGGUGUUAUGGUGUGGGGGUGCUUUUCUGGCGACACUGUCUGAUUUUAGUUAGGUUUCAAGGCACACUUGACCAGCAUGGCUACCACAGCAUUCAGCAGCGAUACGCCAUCCCAUCUGGUUUGGGCUUAGUGGGACUAUUAUUUGUUUUUCAACAGGACAAUGACCCAACACACCUCCAGGCUGUGUAAGGGCUAUUUUACCAAGAAGGAGAGUGAUGGAGUUCUGCAUCAGAUGACCUGGCCUCCACAAUCCUCCGACCUCAACUCAAUUGAGAUGUUUUGGGAUGAGUUGGACCGCAGAGUGAAGGAAAAUCAGCCAAAAAGUGCUCAGCAUAUGUGGGAACUCCUUCAAGACUGUUGGAAAAGCAUUCCAGGUUAAGCUGGUUGAGAGAAUGCCAAGAGUGUGCAAAGCUGUCAUCAUGGCAAAGGGUGGCUAUUUGAAGAAUCUCAAAUAUACAAUAUUUUGAUUUGUUUAACACUUUUUUUGGUUACUACAUGAUUCCAUAUGUGUUAUUUCAUAGUUUUGAUGUCCUCAGUAUUAUUCUACAUUGUAUAAAAUAGUAAAAAAUUAAGAAACACUGGAAACUUUUGACUGGUAGUGUGUGUGUGUGUGUGUGUGUGUGUGUGUGUGUGUGUGUACACACACACACACACACACACACACACACACACACAGUGGGGAGAACAAGUAUUUGAUACACUGCCGAUUUUGCAGGUUUUCCUACUUACAAAGCAUGUAGAGGUCUGUAAUCUUUAUCAUAGGUACACUUCAACUGUGAAAGACGGAAUCUAAAACAAAAAUCCAGAAAAUCACAUUGUAUGAUUUUUAAGUAAUUAAUUUGCAUUUUAUUGCAUAACAUAAGUAUUUGAUCACCUACCAACCAGUAAGAAUUCCGGCUCUCACAGACCUGUUAGUUUUUCUUUAAGAAGCCCUCCUGUUCUCCACUCAUUACCUAUAUCAACUGCACCUGUUUGAACUCGUUACCUGUAUAAAAGACACCUGUCCACACACUCAAUCAAACAGACUCCAACCUCUCCACAAUGGCCAAGACCAGAGAGCUGUGUAAGGACAUCAGGGAUAAAAUUGUAGACCUGCACAAGGCUGGGAUGGGCUACAGGACAAUAGGCAAGCAGCUUGGUGAGAAGGCAACAACUGUUGGCGCAAUUAUUAGAAAAUGGAAGAAGUUCAAGAUGACGGUCAAUCAUCCUCGGUCUGGGGCUCCAUGCAAGAUCUCACCUCGUGGGGCAUCAAUGAUCAUGAGGAAGGUGAGGGAUCAGCCCAGAACUACACGGCAGGACCUGGUCAAUGACCUGAAGAGAGCUGGGACCACAGUCUCAAAGAAAACCAUUAGUAACACACUACGCCGUCAUGGAUUAAUAUCCUGCAGCGCACGCAAGGUCCCCCUGCUCAAGCUGGCGCAUGUCCAGGCCCGUCUGAAGUUUGCCAAUGACCAUCUGGAUGAUCCAGAGGAGGAAUGGGAGAAGGUCAUGUGGUCUGAUGAGACAAAAAUAGCUUUUUGGUCUGAACUCCACUUGCCGUGUUUGGAGGAAGAAGAAGGAUGAGUACAACCCCAAGAACACCAUCCUAACCAUGAAGCAUGGAGGUGGAAACAUAAUUAUUUUGGGAUGCUUUUCUGCAAAGGGGACAGGACGACUGCACCGUAUUGAGGGGAGGAUGGAUGGGGCCAUGUAUCGCGAGAUCUUGGCCAACAACCUCCUUCCCUCAGUAAGAGCAUUGAAGAUGGGUCGUGGCUGGGUCUUCCAGCAUGACAACAACCCAAAACACACAGCCAGGGCAACUAAGGAGUGGCUCCGUAAGAAGCAUCUCAAGGUCCUGGAGUGGCCUAGCCAAUCCAAUAGAAAAUCUUUGGAGUGAGCUGAAAGUCUGUAUUGCCUAGCGAUAGCCCCGAAACCUGAAGGAUCUGGAGAAGGUCUGUAUGGAGUAGUGGGCCAAAAUCCCUGCUGCAGUGUGUGCAAACCUGGUCAAGACCUACAGGAAACAUAUGAUCUCUGUAAUUGCAAACAAAGGUUUAUGUACCAAAUAUUAAGUUCUGCUUUUCUGAUGUAUCAAAUACUUAUGUCAUGCAAUAAAAUGCAAAUUAAUUACUUAAAAAUCAUACAAUGUGAUUUUCUGGAUUUUUGUUUUAGAUUCCGUCUCUCACAGUUGAAGUGUACCUAUGAUCAAAAUUACAGACCUCUACAUGCUUUGUAAGUAGGAAAACCUGCAAAAUCGGCAGUGUAUCAAAUACGUGUUCUCCCCACUGUGUGUGUGUGUGUGUAUAUAUAUAUAUAUAUAUUUUUUUUAAAUAUUUAACCAACAGCAAACAGUUUUUACAUCUUUCCUCCAUUGAAGGCUGUGAUAACGUCAAACGGAAAGCUUACUCCAAAGUUUGAAUACAUUGAAGAACUUCGUGAACGUAGGUAAGAUUGCAUGUCAAUAUAUCUAGUGGUUUGACUUUGAGAAUGGCUUUCUUGUUUUAAUGACUGAUGGCAUAUUUUGUGCAUUUGUUAGAUGUUUUAAGUGUCACUGUGUUAUAACUGUAAGCUAUAAAAAUAGUCGCACACUAUAUAUAAACUCCCAGUAAUUUAUUGGGUAAAACACCAACGUUUCUUCAGGGUAAUGUCAUGAAUGCUUGAACCUGGUCAUGUAGACAAACAGUGCAAUUAGUGCAACCAAUGAGAAUAGUGAGUGGUGUGUCAUAGUUAUUAGGUUGAUUAGAAUUAAAUGAGUGAAACUGUUAAGAGCAUGUUGAAUAUAUUAAGCUAUUGUAAUCACAUGGGAACAUAAUUAAAUAUUGUAUAUAAUAUUAGCAUCAACAUAUUGUACAUUAUAGUUUCAUUUAAUUUCACUCAAUUUCAAUAUAAAAACUCAGCAAAAAAAGAAACGUCCUCUCACUGUCAACUGUUUAUUUUCUGCAAACUUAACAUGUGUAAAUAUUUGUAUGAACAUAAGAUUCAACAACUGAGACAAGUUCCACGGACAUGUGACUAACAGAAAUUGAAUAAUGUUUCCCUGAACAAAGGGGGGGUCAAAAUCAAAAGUAAGUCAGUAUCUGGUGUGGCCACCAGCUGCAUUAAUUACUGCAGUGCAUCUCCUCCUCAUGGACUGCACCAGAUUUGCCAGUUCUUGCUGUGAGAUGUUACCCCACUCUUCCACCAAGGCACCUGCAAGUUCCCGGACAUUUCUGGGGGGAAUGGCCCUAGCCCUCACCCUCCGAUCCAACAGGUCCCAGACAUGCUCAAUGGGAUUGAGAUCCGGGCUCUUCGCUGGCCAUGGCAGAACACUGACAUUCCUGUCUUGCAGGAAUUCACGCACAGAACGAGUAGUAUGGCUGGUGGCAUUGUCAUGCUGGAGGGUCAUGUCAGGAUAGGCCUGCAGGAAGGGUACCACAUGAGGGAAGAGGAAGUCUUCCCUGUAACACACAGCGUUGAGAUUGCCUGCAAUGACAAGCUCAGUCCGAUGAUGUUGUGACACACCGCCCCAGACCAUGACGGACCCUCCACCUCCAAAUCGAUCACGUGGCUGGGUUUGUGCCCAUAGACGAUGUUGUUGCCGGUGAUGUCUGGUGAGGACCUGCCUUAAAACAGGCCUACAAGCCCUCAGUCCAGCCUCUCUCAGCCCAUUGCGAACAGUCUAAGCACUGAUGGAGGGAUUGUGCGUUCCUGGUGUAACUCGGGCAGUUGUUGUUGCCAUCCUGUACCUGUCCCGCAGGUGUGAUGUUCGGAUGUACCGAUCCUGUGCAGGUGUUGUUACGCGUGGUCUGUCACUGCAAGGACUAUCAGCUGUCCGUCCUGUCUCCCUGUAGCACUGCCUCAGGCAUCUCACAGUACGGACAUUGCAAUUUAUUGCCCUGGCCACAUCUGCAGUCCUCAUGCCUUCUUGCAGCAUGCCUAAGGCACGCUCACACAGAUGAGCAGGGACCCUGGGCAUCUUUCUUUUGGUGUCCUAAGUUUUCAUAACUGUGAACUUAAUUGCCUACCAUCAUGUUAGUGUCUUAACGACAGUUCCACAGGUGCAUGUUCAUUAAUUGUUUAUGGUUCAUUGAACAAGCAUGGGAAACAUUGUUUAAACCCUUUACAAUGAAGAUCUGUGAAGUUAUUUGGAUUUUUAUGAAUUAUCUUUGAAAGACAGGGUCCUGAAAAAGGGAAGUUUAUAUUUAAUUGUUUCAAAUUUCAUAAUUGUUUUGUUACAUGUCAUCUUUUAGUUGAACCAUAAUGCGUAAUAAGCAACAUCAACAGGGGUAACAUUUUGGCUGUACACUGAUAAGCUGUAGAAAUAAUAUAUUCAUUUAUAAGACUUGUUCAUACAAAAUAAUUGUUCAUAAGAAGGGCCUGAGGUCAGUCAAUAUUCAGACCACUAGGGGUUAAUGUUUUUAGAUGGGAGAUCCAGUAGGCCUCCCUCUGUAGUAGUAGGAUCUCGAUGUUACCUCCUCUCCUUGGUAGAGCAACAUGCUCAAUGCCUGUGUAUUUGAGGGAGGACAUAGGAUGGUUAGCUUCAACAAAGUGAGCUGCUACUGGAUAGUCAGUGUUCUUACACCUGAUUGAGCUGUUGUGUUCAGCUAUGCGUUGUUUUAAUUGUCUUUUCAUUUGUCCUAUGUAGGCUUUCCCACAUGAACAGGUGAUAAGAUAGAUGACUCCCUUUGUCUUGCAUGAGAUGAUACGCCUAACAGGUAUUUUUCGACCUGUAUGUGGGUGUCUGAAGGAUGUUUUUGUAAUGCUAUUGCACUGUGCGCAUGAGCCACAUUUGUAGUUCCCAUUUGGAAAGGGUGUCUAAGUGGGCUCAGUGGGCAGGUACGAUCUCAUUAAGCUGUCCCCAAUAUUGAGGCCACGCUUAAUUUUUUUGUCUGAUUGCAGAAUAUGCCAGUGCUUUUUCAGGAUUGCUUUAAUUUUCUCUGAACACUUGGUGUACUUAAUGCAAAAUACUGUUGCAUUGUUGUUUCUUUGGUUUAGUUUUGAGCAACUCCUCUCUUGGUUUUGGGGAAUGUAUCAUCAUUGUAGCAUCAAGAGUUUUGUCCUUGUAGCCUCUCAUUUUGAAUGUAUCUGUCAUUUUCUUAGCAUUGCUGUCAAUCUGAUGCGUUUAACCCUGCAUAACUGGCUAUAUGGUAGACCAUUCUUGAGGGGAAUGGGAUGCAUACUAUCCGCACUUAGCAGGGUAUUGUGGUUUGUGUGCUUUGUGUAUAAGUCUGUGUGUAAUGCAUCAUUCUCUUUGAUGAUUCUUAAGUCCAGGUAGUUAAUUUUUUCUCAUCAGUCUACAUGGUGAAUUUGAGAUAUUCAGAGUUUGGAAUUAAUUUAGUUCCUGCUGACUUCCUUCCCAGAACACAAAGACCUGAUCUAUGUAUCUCUUCCGUAGGAGGAUUUUAGAAAGUAGGGGGCAUGUCUGUUUUGUAAAUGUGUGUUUCCUCAAAUUGUCCCACAUACAGGUUCGCAUAGUUGGGGGCAAAGGGGGAGCCCAUGGCUACACCCCUGUGUUAUAAGAAAAUAGAUUUUACUGUUGAAGUCAGUGAUGUUUAAUAUGUGCUUUCUUUCAUGUUAUAAUUAUUAAACAGCAUUUGUCUAUAAUAAUACCUUUGAUCUGAAAAUGCAUUUCCUGCACAAAUUGUAUGCUAGUUUGGUAAGCUUUAUGUUGUUGGCGUUGUGUUUUCCAAUAAAUACAUCUGAUGAAAUUACUUUGGUAAAUAUGCCUGUCACAUCAUAAAGGUAAAGCUACCAAUCUAAGGAAGAAAUCUCUAAAGAUUCCUUUACAGGUAAAAUGUUCACUUGUUUUCACGUAUUUUGACAAUUAGAUUAGUUUGUAGUCUCAGUUUGUAGUAAUCAUACUGUAGCAUAACAUAGGCAUAGCAUAGCAUUAGCAUAGCAUAGCAUACCCAGUGAGCAGCAUAGCAAAUGCAGCAAUAGACUGCAUGUGCUUAAAAGCUUGUUAUUCCCCUUCCUCAUUGUCUGGUCGAGCUCAGGCUUAAAGGUCCCAAACAGUCAUUCUGAUUCCCAUGUAAAAUAGCCUUUUGAGUGACUAAAACAUCACCCAUAAUAUUUUUCCAGAUUAAAAAAAUACUCAACAUUUUAGAAAUUACUUUCUCUCAGGUCAAACUACCAGGAAGACUGAAAAGACAGACUGAGUGGGCGGGAAGCUAGUAGGCUGAGUGGGCGGGGAGCUCACCUUGACUGGCGGUUCUUUGAAAACGCCUAUGUCAAGCAACAUGGAUGCAGUGUUGCAGUAAGAUUCUCAAGCAAAUGUGCUGAUACACAAAGCAACUCAAACAAUAUUGAAAUUGCAUGCAACGUCCAAUCCUGUCAUACACCGCAUCAUGGUUUCACAAAUGAUUUGUUUAUCCAACUGUUUGGUUAUUGUAAAAGCAUCAAUAUAGACAAAAUGUUGGAUGUAUAAUUUAGCUAGCUAGCCCAAAUGGAAUUGUCAGUACUGUUUAUCAAGCUAGCUAGUUCAGGGACCAUCAAUAAAUUAUACAAUGUACUGUAAAUGAGACAAUAUUUUCAUGUUUCAUGCACACCUUUAAGUUUUCUCAUUAAAUGCUUUGAAUAUUUGUAUAUGAAUUUCGACAAUUUAUAGUUGGAGGUUAAGUCAUUGAAAUUUGGAGCAAUUGGAAUUUUAACAUAUUGUACCAUGUACAGGUAAAUGCAAAAAUAAAGGAAAUACCAAAGGUGUCGGAAUAGGGCGUUGGGCCACCGCGAGUCAGAACCGCUUCAAUGCACCGUGGCAUAGAUUGUACAAGUGUCUGGAACUCUAUUGGAGGGAUGCGACACCAUACUUCCUUGAGAAAUUCCAUAAUUUGGUGUUUUGUUGAUGGUGGUGGAAAACUGGGUCUCAGGCGCGCCGCUCCGGGAUCUCCCAUAAUUAUUCGAUUGUGUUGACAUCUGGUGACUGAGACGGCUAUGGCAUAUGGUUUGCAUCGUUUUCAUGCUCAUCAAACCAUUCAAUGACCACUCGUACCCUGUAUAUGGGGGCAUUGCCAUGGUAGCCAAAAUAAUGGCCUGCUCAGCAUUUUAUACAUGACCCUAAGCAUGAUGGGAUGUUAAUUGCUUAAUUAACUCAGGAACCACACCUGUGUGGAAACACCUGCUUUCAAUAUACUUUGUAUCCCUCAUUUACUCAAGUGUUUCCAUUAUUUUGGCAGUUACCUCUACAUUUGUGUAAUUUACCAAUUGUCCCUAACUAGCCCCAUAGGUAUAUCCACAGUGAACCCAAAUUUACCACGGUCAUUAUGAUUGAGUCGCGUGCAGCUGCACUCCGAAUUGAUGAUUACUUGUGUGUUGCCUGCUGUGUGCAUGUGGGCAGGAUUAAAACAAACCCAACCUUCAUUUACAUUGCAAUACAGUCACGACCACAAGUCUCACAAAACUCCGUUUUGGACGAGACUGACUUUAUCACCAUAAUUAUCCUAUUUACACGUUGGUCAAUUUUGAUAUUAGAAUAAAUAUUUGGACACAUUUCGGUGCCACAGGCUGUUUUCUAAAUGAGAAGUUGGUUUUUAAUGGCAGUUGCUCUUUAAAUGCAUGGGAGUGUAUUUGAGCCAGUGUAUUUAAGUAUUUUCAAAUACAUUCCAAUAUUCAACUACCUGUUUUUUCAAAUAAAGGUUAUCUGAAUACUUCUUUUGAAAUUAAAUGAAAAGUAAUUUAAAUACCUGAAAUAGUAUUUGAACACAGGUCUGGCUUUGAUUGAUGUAAUAUACAUUAUCACAGUGCAUCAGCUUGGGUUUUUCACUAAAACUCUGAAUGUCUUUCAUUAUUAGUGUGAUUUGCUCGGCUGUAAGAUGCUAGCUCCAUUGGUUAAGUACUAAUUUCUUAGGAGGAUGCUAUUAAAACUGGAUCAUUUAUAUUAAAAUCAUUUUAUACCAUAUCUGCUUGGUAAGAAAAUCCCACCUUGGUUAUAAUUCUGAGCAAGAUUGCUUGUGUUCAGGUUCUCAUUAUGCGUGUGUGUGAGAAAGAGGGAGAUGAACUAUGGAUUUGUGUGUGUGUGUCUGUGAUGGUUUUAUUCUGUGCUCUCACUGUGUAUAAACCCCUUACCCUCAGUGAGCAAGCAGAGAUCAUGAAGAAGAGUGGAAUGAAACGAGUGCUACUACUGGGCUCAGGUUAUGUGUCGGGCCCUGUCAUCGAGUACCUCACCCGGGACAUAGGGACUCAAGUCACUGUAGGUAAGGCUCUGAAAAGGAAAUGGUGCACCAUACUCACUAUAUUCACAAAUACCCAGCUGAUGAUGAAUUAGUUAUUAAAAUGUUUAACUGGAUGCACAGCAAAUGUAUCGUGUACUCAUUUUAGCUCAUUUAAAUCUAAGCUGUAUCCCCGGCCCAUUUUUGUUUUCAAAUGUCAAUUUUACUCAAAGCUUUCACCCCUCCCAUCUCUCUCACAGCUGUUAUCUAUGUCUCCUUGUGUUCUAGCAUCAGUGUUGUUGACCCAGGCAGAGGAGUUGGCAGGGAAAUACCCCAACACCAUCCCAGUCAUGCUGGAUGUCACCAGUCAGGAGGGCCAGCUGGAGUCCCUGGUCAAAGACCAUGACUUAGUCAUUAGGUACACACACACAUACACAUACACAUACACAUAUAAACACACACAGGGUCUCCACCGAGCUAGGUAAAUCUGCUUUUAGGUUUAAUACAUUUCAUCUUGACGUUCUGGUGCUGUUUGGGCAAUUUUAAAGUAUUGAAUGGGGAUAUAUUUGUGGAUGAAUGGAACUGUUUUUCAGGAUGAUUUGCAAUGUUUUAUUUGUUUUUACCAUGACUGUCAGGAGUGGAGUGUAGUGGGAUGUGGAAUCACACGCAGGACACAGAGAUAUAAAUCCAAAGGUCUUUUAGUGAAGUCCGUAGUACACGCCCAACACGGCAACAGGCCACAGGCGAAAUGAAACGCACACUAAACUGUACAAAGUAAGUGUGCACAACGUGCAGGACUCUCUAUACAACACGAAAUAAGAGAGAACAAAAAUCCAGAGGACCAAACAACCACACGACAGUCGAACAAUUACACACAACACCUGACCUAACACAAGGAACUAAAUAGGGUGCCUAAUGAGACUAAACACUAAACAGGUGUGACAAACAGACAAAACCAAUCAAACAUGAAACAUCGAACGGUGGCAGCUAGUACUCCGGAGACGACGACCGCCGAAGCCUGCCCGAACAAGGAGGAGGGGCCGCCUCGGCCGAAACCGUGACAAUGACUGUGUUUUUGUAUUCGUUUGUGUGUAUAUACAGUACCUGUCCAAAGUUUGGACACACCUACUCAUUCCAGGGUUUUUCUUAAUUUUUACUAUUUUCUACAUUGUAGAAUAAUAGUGACGAUAUCAAAACUAUGAAAUAACACAUAUGGAAUCAUGUAAUAACCAAAAAAGUGUUAAACAAAUCAGAAUAUAUUUUAUAUUUGAGAUUCUCCAAAGUAGCCACCCUUUGCCUUGAUGAAAGUUUUGCACACUCUUGGCAUUCUCUCAAUCAGCUUCACCUGGAAUGCUUUUCCAACAGUCUUGAAGGAGUUCCCACAUAUGCUGAGUACUUGUUGGCUGCUUUUCCUUCACUCUGCGGUCCAAAUCAUCCCAAACCAUCUCAAUUGGGUUGAGGUGGGGGCAAUGUGGAGGCCAGGUCAUCUGAUGCAGCACUCCAUCACUCUCCUUUUUGGUAAAAUAGCCCUUACACAGCCUGUAGUUGUAUUGGGUCAUUGUCUUGUUGAAAAAUAAAUGAUAGUCCAACUAAGCCCAAACCAGAUGGGAUGGCGUAUCGCUGCAGAAUGCUGUGGUAGCCAUGCUGGUUAAGUGUGCCUUGAAUUCUAAAUAAAUCACAGACAGUGUCACCAGCAAAGCACCAUCGCACCUCCUCCAUGCUUCACAGUGGGAAGCACACAUGCGGAGAUCAUCCGUUCACCUACUCUGCGUCUCACAAAGACACGGCGGUUGGAACCAGAAAUCUCCAAUUUGGACAGAUUUACACCGGUCAAAUGUCCAUUGCUCGUGUUUCUUGGCCCAAGCAAGUCUCUUCUUCUUAUUGGUGUCCUUUAGUAGGGGUUUGUUUGCAGCAAUUCAACCAUGAAGGCCUGAUUCACGCAGUCUCCUCUGAACAGUUGAUGUUGAGAUGUGUCUGUUACUUGAACUCUGUGAAGAAUUUAUUUGGGCUGCAAUUUUGAGGCUAGUAACUCUAAUUAACUUAUCCUCUGCAGUAGAGGUAACUCUGGGUCUUCCUUCCUGUGGCGGUCCUCAUGAGAGCCAGUUUCAUCAUAGCGCUUGAUGGUUUUUGCGACUGCACUUUUCCGGAUUGACUGACCUUCAUGUCUUAAAGUAAUGAUGGACUGUUGUUUCUCUUUGCUUAUUUGAGCUGUUCUUGCCAUAAUAUGGACUUGGUCUUUUACCAAAUAGGGCUAUCUUCUGUAUAGCCCCCCCCCCCCCCCCCCCCCCCACCUUGUCACGACACAACUGAUUGGCUCAAACACAUUAAGAAGGAAAGAAAUUCCACAAAUGAACUUUUAACAAGGCGCACCUGUUAAUUGAAAAGCAUUCCAGGUGACUACCUCAUGAAGCUGGUUGAGAGAAUGCCAAGAGUGUGCAAAGCUGUCAUCAAGGCGAAGUGUGGCUACUUUGAAGAAUCUCAAAUAUAUUUUGAUUUGUUUAACACUUUUUUGGUUACUACAUGAUUCCAUAUGUGUUAUUUCAUAGUUUUGAAGUCUUCACUAUUAUUCUACAAUGUAGAAAAUAUUGAAAAUAAAGAAAAACCCUUGAAUGAGUAGGUGUGUCCAAAGUUUUGACCGAUAGUGUAUGUAUGCGUGUGUGUGUGUGUGUUUAAUGUGUAUUUUAUAUUGUAUUAUACAGGGCGCAUUUGGAAAAGAGACCUAGGUCUCAAUAUGUCUUCCCUGUCAAAAUAAAUGUUAAAUAGAAUUUAAAAACACAUACACACGAGGUGAAUGAGAGGUGAAAAUGUGUCAUUGUCACAUGUACUCUGCCAUUUAUGUUUCAGUAUGCUGCCUUAUGGGUAUCACCCUGUGAUCGCCAAGCACUGCAUCAACAAGAAGGUGAACAUGGUGACUGCCAGCUACCUGAGUCCAGCCAUGAAGGACCUCCAACAGAGGUGGGAGAGAAGUGUAUGGGGAGUAGAGGAGAUUCCUCUAGUUGUUAAAGAAGGAGUGAGAGGGAUAGGGGUUAGGGGAAAACAUAUCUAUGUAGAAGUGGAGAUUAAAUGGAGAAUGUGUUUCAUCUUGUCUUAAAGGCCCAGUGAAGUCAAAACGUGAUUUUCCUGUGUAUUAUACACUGAGUAUACCAAACAUUAGGAACACCUUCCUAAUAUUGAGUUGCAUUCCCCCUUUUGCCCUCAGAACAGCCUCAAUUCGUCCGGACAUGGACUCUACAACGUUUUGAAAGCAUUCCAUAGUAAUACUGGCCCAUGUUGACUCCAAUGUUUCCCACAGUUGUGUUAAGAUGGCUGGAUGUCCAUUGGGUGGUGGACCAUUCUUGAUACACACAGGGAAACUUUUGAGCGUGAAAAACUCAGCAGCAUUGCAGUUCUUGACACAAAACGGUGCGCCUGGCACCGACUACCAUACCCCGUUCAAAGGCACUUCAAUCUUUUGUCUUGCCCAUUCACCCUCUGAAUGGCACACAUACACAAUCCGUGUCUCAAGGCUUAAAAAUCCUUCUUUAACCUGUCUCCUCCCCAUCAUCUACACUGAUUGAAGUGGAUUUAACAAGUGACAUCAAUAAGGGAUCAUGGCUUUCACCUCGAUUCACCUGGUCAGUGUAUGUCAUGGAAAGAGCAGGUGUCAAUGUUUUGUACACUCAGUGUAUAUAUUUCCACACGACGAGGUGUAUAAUACUGUGAAAAUUAUGAUAAUGCCCUUUUAGAGUAAGAGCUGUUUGAAAAGACCGCCUGAAAUUUAAACCUGUUUAGGUGGGAUGGAGUUUUGGCUUGCCUGGCGACAUCACCAGGCGAUAUAAGUUAAUAAACCAAUAACAAAGAGAGUUUCAAACCUCUCUGCUAAUGACAGUGAGUUUUCAGGUUACAUAUCCCUCCCAUUAGGCUCGUCCAAUUAGGCCCCUCACUCAGACCACUCCCAGACAGUCCUAGCAAAAUUCUUGCUUGAGAAAUUGCUCUUUGCUAAGAAGCUAUUUUUGUUUCUUUUUGACGAUUGUUUUUAUUAAACACAAAUCACAGUAAGGUACUGAAUUUUUACCCAGAAAUUAUUUGAUAUUGAGAUAAAAAUGGCUGCAUUGGACCUUUAUUGCUAAUCAUGGGCUAUUUAAUACACAAUUGACUAGAUGUAAGCUACAGGCAGGCACCAAGACACUUGAUCUUAUUGCUUGAGAUGGCAUUAGUCAGAAUAAGCUACUGGUCAAGUGAAUGUAUUAUCUCUACGUGUGGCUGAGUGUGUUUGUCUGUGUGUUUCCUUUCAGUGCUGAGGAAGCUGGCAUCACCAUAGUGAAUGAGAUGGGCCUGGACCCUGGCAUCGACCACAUGCUGGCUAUGGAGUGCAUCGACCAAGCCAAGGCGGACGGCUGCACUGUGAGUGAAACGUGAGGGAGAUUGUGAAAGAAUCUAGUAUAAGUGAUUUGUGCGUUUGAGAGCGAGUGUUUUGGUGAUUGUGGCAUCUGUACACAUACGGGAUUGUGUGUGUGUGUGCUGUGCAUAUAAUGAAUGAUUGAGCGUAUGUCGAAGGGAUGAGUGGCAUCUUGUCAGUUUCCUUGGCAGUCAUAUUGAUUGCGGGCCCAACAGAUUGAAACACCAUGUGUCUUCGAUUUGUUCAUUUUCCCCCCAUCUUGAUGAGAAGAUGAACGGACUGUACUAUCACACAGGAAAAUUGACAAAUGUGCCAGCAUGUUGACAACGCAUUUGACUAGUCAAUGCACAAAACAUUUGAUAAAUGUGGAUGUGCAAAUUGUGUUUUAAAUCAAUUUACGUGUGUGUGUGUGUGUGUGUGUGUUUUAGAUUGAGUCAUACAGUUCAUUCUGUGGUGGACUCCCUGCACCAGAGUGCUCAGACAAUCCUCUGCGCUACAAAUUCAGCUGGAGUCCUUACGGAGUCCUCCUCAAUACCAUCAGCCCUGCCAUCUUCCUCAAGGACAACAAGGUACAGUAGCCAUCUAGGAUCAGCAGAUCCUCCCCAAAUCCUAAACUUAACCAUUAGGGACGGGAUUGCAAAACUGUCCCAGGAUCAGUGUCUAGGAGUAACUUCAUCCUCCUCUGUGUCCCCCAGGUGGUGAGCAUCCCAGCGGGCGGAACUCUGAUGGAGUCUACGGCUCCCAUGGACUUCAUGCCUGGCUUCAACCUGGAGGGCUUCCCCAACCGCGACAGCACCAAAUACGCUGAGCAAUACGGCAUUGAGUCGGCCCACACACUCAUCAGAGGAACACUCCGCUUCAAGGUACUGCCAACACCAGGGUGGUGAGUAUGGCGUUACUGUCAAUCUCGAUAGUUCUGUGUCACUUUGGAUAAAUCUUGUAUUUCUGUCCCACAGGGUUUCUCCAAGGCCAUGAGUGGCUUUGUGAAGUUGGGUCUGAUCAACACUGACCCCUGCCCCAUGGUAGAGCAUACCUCUGCUCCUGUCUCCUGGGUAAAUAUAAUGAUACUUAUAACAGCUUUAAAAGACAAGUUAACUUUUUUGGAACCAAAUCUCAAUUUUUUACCCUUUUUUUUUUCUUUUUGCCAUUUCACUUGGUUUUGAGAAGCAUACUCCACCAGUGAUAGACUUCUUCAGGCUCGUUCUGCAGAUGCAGGGGCACAGAUAAAACAUAAACAAAGGCUCCAAAAACACCCAAAUACAUCCUUUGAGAAACAGCAACGCUCUCAGUAUAGUGAUGCAGGUCUUUAGAUGUUAUACACAUUAAAUUGGCAUUCUGAACUUUAUCCUUAACGGUAUAUUCCAUUUUGUUGGACUCGACCGAUACUUUUCAGUGUGCUUUCUCGUUCCCAUUGUGGUGAUUAAAGCCUGUGCAUGCUCACACACAGAGAAGUAUUGCUCAAUUCCAACUAAAUUGAAUAUAACGUUGGGGAUUGAGGUAUUUUACAUAAAGAAUUUAGAUUUAAAAAAAAUUAGAACUUGUCCUUUAAUUUACUUUUAACUUAAUUUAGAAUAUGCUUUUCAUAAAUGGUUAUUAAAGUACCAGGAUACACCGAGCAAACGCUGCAUCACACUAGAGCUACAAUGCAGAUUUGAUUGACAAGACUGAACAAAAAAGAUUUUAAAAAAUCCCUGUGCAACAGAAAGAGAUGCUGUGUAUACAGAUGGGCUUGCCCCUGUCUACCAAUGACGAGGCAUUUGAGGGAGCAGUCUAUGACCGCAUCGGCCAAGACGACUUCAAGAUGGAGACACUCAAAUGGUGAGAGGCUCAAGUCCUGACCAGAUACAGUGAGGGGAAAAAAGUAUUUGAUCCCCUGCUGAUUUUGUACGUUUGCCCACUGACAAAGAAAUGAUCAGUCUAUAAUUUUAAUGGUAGGUUUAUUUGAACAGUGAGAGACAGAAUAACAACAACAAAAUCCAAAAAAACGCAUGUCAAAAAUGUUAUGAAUUGAUUUGCAUUUUAAUGAGGGAAAUAAGUAUUUGACCCCUCUGCAAAACAUGACUUAGUACUUGGUGGCAAAACCCUUGUUGGCAAUCACAGAGGUCAGACGUUUCUUGUAGUUGGCCACCAGGUUUGCACACACCUCAGGAGGGAUUUUGUCCCACUCCUCUUUGCAGAUCUUCUCCAAGUCAUUAAAGUUUUGAGGCUGACGUUUGGCAACUCGAACCUUCAGCUCCCUCCACAGAUUUCCUAUGGGAUUAAGGUCUGGAGACUGGCUAGGCCACUCCAGGACCUUAAUGUGCUUCUUCUUGAGCCACUCCUUUGUUGCCUUGGCCGUGUGUUUUGGGUCAUUGUCAUGCUGGAAUACCCAUCCAUGACCCAUUUUCAAUGUCCUGGCUGAGGGAAGGAGGUUCUCACCCAAGAUUUGACGGUACAUGGCCCCGUCCAUCGUCCCUUUUGAUGCGGUGAAGUUGUCCUGUCCUCUUAGCAGAAAAACACCCCCAAAGCAUAAUGUUUCCACCUCCAUGUUUGACGGUGGGGAUGGUGUUCUUGGGGUCAUAGGCAGCAUUCCUCCUCCUCCAAACACGGCGAGUUGAGUUGAUGCCAAAGAGCUCCAUUUUGGUCUCAUCUGACCACAACACUUUCACCCAGUUCUCCUCUAUAUCAUUCAGAUUCAUUGGCAAACUUCAGACGGGCCUGUAUAUGUGCUUUCUUGAGCAGGGGGACCCUGCGGCGCUGCAGGAUUUCAGUCCUUCACGGCGUAGUGUGUUACCAAUUGUUUUCUUGGUGACUAUGGUCCCAGCUGCCUUGAGAUCAUUGACAAGAUCCUAGUUCUGGGCUGAUUCCUCACCGUUCUCAUGAUCAUUGCAACUCCACGAGGUGAGAUCUUGCAUGGAGCCCCAGGCAGAGGGAAAUUGACAGUUAUUUUGUGUUUCUUCCAUUUGCGAAUAAUCGCACCAACUGUUGUCACCUUCUCACCAAGCUGCUUGGCGAUAGUCUUGUAGCCCAUUCCAGCCUUGUGUAGGUCUACAAUCUUGUCCCUGACAUCCUUGGAGAGCUCUUUGGUCUUGGCCAUGGUGGAGAGUUUGGAAUCUGAUUGAUUGAUUGCUCCUGUGGACAGGUGUCUUUUAUACAGGUAACAAACUGAGAUUAGGAGUGUGCUCCUAAUCUCAGCUCGUUACCUGUAUAAAAUACACUUGGGAGCCAUAAAUCUUUCUGAUUGAGAGGGGGUCAAAUACUUAUUUCCCUCAUUAAAAUGCAAAUCAAUUUAUAACAUUUUUGACGUGUUUUUCUGGAUUUUGUUGUUGUUAUUCUGUCUCUCACUGUUCAAAUAAACCUACCAUUAAAAUUAUAGACUGAUCAUUUCUUUGUCAGUGGGCAAGUGUACAAAAUCAGCAGGGGAUCAAAUACUUUUUUCCCUCACUGUACCAUUCAAAAUGUUGUACUCAUAUCUUUGCUAAAUCCAGGGGUUAAAGUUCUCCGUCACUACGACGGAUUUCCGUCAUAUGGAUCCCAACGUUGUAUCUGUCCCAUUUUAUGGCAUCUGUAAGUGCACUAGCAGCGCCAUUGAGACCGAUACAACGUUGCGAUCUCUAUACAUCUCUAUGCCAGUGGUUCCAAACCGGUGUGACGCAGCACACCGGUGUGCCUUGAGGAACUCUCAGGUGUGCCGCGAAACUUUUCCUGAUCUUGAUUUUAAAAAAAUGUAUACUCACUUAUAAACGUGACCUGUGGAAUGCACAUGGAAUUUUGACUUGGGAGCACUAGUUUGAUAUUACUGCACUGUCGGAGCUAGAAGCACAAGCAUUUCGCUAAACCCGCAAUAACAUCUGCUAAACACCUGUAUGUGACAAUACAAUUUGAUUUGAUUUAGUGCCGGUCAGAUAAAACAUUAAAUAGCACAUGGUUACAUCUGUUUCGUUGGUUCAAGUCCAGUGCACUCAGGCUGUUAGAUUUGUAUAAUUUGAGGGGCGCGCAUUACGAGCAACGUUAUUUGUAUAAUUUUACUUUGAUAGUCUUACCAGAGACAUUUAUUUCUUAAUAUAUGGCUCUGGACUUAGUUAAAGAAACAAACGGAGCAGGGCUUUGUGUCUGGUUGCACCUUUACAAUGCAGAAAACCUCUCGUCUGUAG